AUGAACCUGCAGCCCGAGCAGCUCUGCAAAGUGCUGGAGGGCACUUACAGCCCGGACGCGGCGACUCGGGGGCAGGCGGAGUCGGUGUUGAAGUCUCACACCUGCUGCUGCUGCUGCUGCUGCUGCUGCUGCUGCUGCUGCUGCUGCUGCUGCUGCUGCUGCUGCUGCUGCUGCUCUGCUGCUGCUGCUGCUGCUGCUGCUGCUGCUGCUGCUGCUGCUGCUGCUGCUGCUGCUGCUGCUGCUGGGGUUUACGACGAGGAGGAGAAGCAGCUGCUGCGGCAGCAUCUUUACAAACUAGUCAAAGACACAAGUGCUGCAGCAGCACCAGUGCGGCUGCAGCUAAUUGAGUGCAUUCGAAUUGUGGCUUCUUAUGAUUACCCCGAAAGGUGGCCCUCUUUGCUGGAGGAGGUGUGCGAGGACUUGGCAGCUUCUGCUUCAGCAGCAAAAGUGUUAAAUGCUUUAAUGGUUUUGCGAAAAGUCGUUGGGAAUUAUGAGUUUAAAGGAAAAGAAAGUAGACAAGCUUUGGACAAAAUAAUAGACAAGAGCUGGCCGCUGCUGCUGCCUGCGGGUGCGCAGCUGCUGCAGCUGCAGCAGCAGCAGCAGCAGCAGCUGCUGCUGCAGCAGCAGCAGCAGCAGCUCUCCCCGCAGCAGCUGCAGCAGCUGCUGCUGCAGCAGCAGCAGCAGCACGCAGACCCCAUGACUCUACUCAAACUCUUGUUCAAAAUUUAUUGGUCUUCAACUCAACUUUGUCUUUCAAGUUCUCCUUUGCUGCUCUCCACUAUGGACAGCUGGUUCGAGCUCCUCUCCGCAUGCAUUUUGCUGCCAGGUACUCCUGCUGCUGCUGCUGCUGCUGCUGCUGCUGCUGCUGCUGUUGCUGUUGCUCGGGCUGCUGCUGCUGCUGCUGCUGGGGCUGCUGCUGCUGGAGCUGCUGGGGCUGCUGCUGCGGGAGCGGCGGGUGCGGCGCCGCUUGCUGCUGCUGCUGCUGCUGCGGGACUGUUUGCUGUUUGCUGCUGCUGCUGCUGCUGCAGUGCCAUUUGCUGCUGUUGUACAUAUAAACAAGCAAACAAACAACAAAUAAACAAGUAA